ACACUUCUCUACUUCUCUCUUCUCUCUUCUCUCUUCUUUAAACUCUAUCAAUCUCUCCAUUCUUGUGUUGCAAAUCAACAAUGGCAGAUGAAGUAACUCUACUUGAUUUCUGGCCAAGCCCUUUUGGGAUGAGGUUAAGAAUAGCACUUGCUGAAAAGGGUAUCAAGUAUGAGUACAAAGAUGAGGACUUGAGGAACAAGAGCCCUCUGUUGCUGAAAAUGAACCCUGUUCAUAAGAAAAUCCCAGUUCUUAUUCACAAUGGAAAACCCAUUUGUGAGUCUCUAAUUGCUGUUCAAUACAUUGAUGAAGUGUGGAGUGAUAGAUCUCCUUUGUUGCCUUCUGAUCCUUAUCAAAGAGCUCAGGCUAGGUUCUGGGCUGAUUUUGUCGACAAGAAGAUUUAUGAUGCUGGAAGGAAGGUAUGGACACUGAAAGGAGAAGAACAAGAAGCUGGGAAGAAAGAGUUCUUGGAUGCCCUUAAACUCUUGGAGGAUCAACUUGGUGACAAGCCCUAUUUUGGAGGUGACAACAUUGGUUAUGUUGAUGUGUCACUUGUUCCAUUCUACAGCUGGUUCAAGGCAUAUGAGACAUUUGGCAACAUCAACAUAGAAAAAGAGUGUCCCAAAUUCAUUGCUUGGGCCAAGAGGUGUCUUCAGAAGGAAAGUGUCUCUAGUUCACUCCCUGAUCAAAACAAAGUCUAUGAUUUCAUUGUUGAGAUGAGAAAGAAGUUUGGUUUAGAGUGAAGAGGCCGCCAAGUUUAGUUAAAUGAUUCUGUAAUAAUAAAAGGGCACUUUGCUGUGCCCAAUUUUAUGCUUUUAGUAGGAAUUUAUGGUAUCCGAAUAAAUUAUGUAUCUUUGGUAUGGAAUUCGUAGCACUUUACCAUGUAUUUGGUGUUUUAUUUGUCUAAGUAGUUAAUAUUUUCUGUAUUAUUAUUAUAUAACAUUGUUGCUCAAA